CGACGCUCUUCUUCAGCUCAGAAGACGAACGAAGCUUUCGGUGCGCUUCAAGUCGGAAUGCCGAGUUAGCUGUCUUCCAAAUACCCAUCGCAGCGUACGGAGACAUGGAGUCUUCAGACGCGAUAGGACCUAUAUGAAUAGGUUAUGUUGGUAUUAUGGUUUUCUUGAAAUCGCACGAUGCCCCAUUCUGGAAGGUUUGAACUUCUGUUUGGUGUUCAGUUGGCAAUUGGAAUUGGAUCGCCAAGCCCUCUUACAGGCUAGCCUGAUAUGGAUUAGCCGCAGCGAAGGACAUUGAUCUGGCCCGUGCGUCUUGCCAAGGCAAGCCGUGCAUGGAGCUUGAGCUGAACAAGUGUCCAGAGUUUUGGAAGCAACCGUCAGCCUUGCUGUUUACUCGCCGCUCUCUAGACGGGCAAGAAAUACUGCCACGACAACCACACACAAUGCGGUUUACACAGUCAAUUGCUCCGGCGCUCUUGCUGCUUGCAGCGGGCGUUUCUCAGGCCGCCUCUGCUUGGGGGUUCGACGACGGCAGCAUCCAGAUUGCCGCAAAGAAGUCGGGCGAGUCCGUCAAGAAGUUCAACCAAAACAGCCCGCUCUCGAAACCAGUCUCCCUCGGAAGCACCAGCACCCUGAAACUGAUCCUGACGGCCAAGGACGAUGGCAAGGGGAAGCGCCCCCACCAGGCAUUCCUCGUGCUGCAGGAGCAGGACACCGGGCUCGAAGCCCCCUUUCCGUUGACCGUCAAGGAGAGUGGAAAGGCAACUGUCCAGAUUUCACACAAGGACCUCCCUGUCCAGCUGGGCAUCGCGACCAAACCCCUCAAAGCAUCCGUCGUCCUCGCCUCUUUCGGUUCUUCCCAAGGUCUCGAUACUCCUGUUUUUGAGGUCAAGGUUGAGCAGGAUGCCAACGUGCCGCCUCCGACCUACGAGAAGCCUCUCCGUUAUGGCAAGCAGCCCGAGAUCCACCACAUCUUCCGGCCCGACGCGAAGAGCCCGCCCAAGGUCGUCUCGCUCGUCUUUGGCCUGGCCGUGAUUGCGACCCUACCGGUGCUGUUGAUCAGCUGGCUGUCUCUUGGCGGGAACCUCAACCACUUCUCCAAAGCCAUUGGCGUGGCACCGCUGUCACAUGCCACCUUUUUCGGCUCGAUUAUCGCCAUGGAGUUCGUCUUCUUCAUGUACUACACUAGCUGGAACCUGUUCCAGGUGCUGCCGGUCAUGGGUGUGGUCGGUGCUGUCGCUGUGCUAAGCGGGACGAAGGCGCUUGGGGAGGUCCAGAGCAGGAGGCUUGCCGGAGAGCGCUGAACAACAAAUACUACGGCUAACUCGUGGAGGGGGAGGGACUAUAAAAAUGCCCGGCCUGGUCACAAGCAAGGCGCGAGGGCGCAGUUGUGGUCUAUGUGUAUGAGUGAUAAAAACGAGACGAUUUAGUCGAGCAAGCGAUGCAAUUUUGGGCUGUUAGAUAUCACCCACGGGGCAUGCGCAAUACCUCCAUCAUGCCUGUAUUUGGAUGCCAUCUACACAGUAAGCCUCGGUCAACUUGAG